AUGGCGGCGCCCCCGACGCCUAUGAGUUCUACCGCCAUGAAGAACGGCUUCUCGCCCCGCGGAUCCUGCAUUUCGGCCCAAAAGAGAUGUUCUGGGAGUGUCCUAGCGGAGUUGACUGCGAAUGCGAUCAAGGAGGAGGAGACGUUUGUGAAGGGAGAGCAUCACAAGGCUCAGAACGACCAUAUCCCAGCAUCGUAUGCCUCCCACAGCGCGACCAUGGGGGUCCUCGGCAUGUACUGGCGCGAUCUGGUCAUACAUUACAGCCGACUGAACCUCACACACGAUUCGGACAGGCUGGCUGCUCUACAUGGCAUACAGACCCUACUCAAAGAACGACGCAGCGACCGCUACCUCUCUGGUCUGUGGAGUGGUUCGCUGGUGCGCGACAUGCUGUGGUGGGUCUACUGGACGAAACCGACGACCAAGACCAAGCGUGGGCUGUUUCCGAGCUGGUCCUGGGCGUCUGUGAGGUCUCCUGUAGAGUAUGAGGAUAUGGUCGAUGGACCUGGUUAUAUCAAAGUUACGUUUCUUGAGGAGACCGAGUCAACCCUGGCUAUGAUGGGUCAACUGUUGCAUGUAAGGAUGCGCUAUGUACCUCAUGGCAUACCCAUGCCCAAUGAGUUAACACUGAGUCAUCCACGCCGGGAUCGCCGCGAAGUCUCGAUGAGAUACACUUUGGAGUGUCUGGCCCCGGCUUUUCAAGGCCACGCUUUCCUAUCUGACCCUGACUACAUACCUGAGGACAUGGUGGAUGAGGACGACGGAAGCCAUAUCGUCCAUGGGCAGGAGCUGUCCUGUCUCUAA